AUGAAAGACCCGCGAGCACCCGGCUUAGGUUACCGCAUACUCCGACUGGACAGCAAGCCGCCGGAGCUUCAUCUCCAGCAGCGCACCGAGGACGCCUACACGGUCCGCCGCUAUCUCCAGGGCGUGCCCGAGGGCCAGGACGAGAUCAUCCGAGAGCAGGCCUUGCCGUUGGAGACCAACAUGGACAUGAUGAACGGCAUCGACUUCCGCAAGGGUUGCUACGUCGGCCAGGAGCUCACCAUUCGCACCAAGCACCGCGGCGUCAUCCGAAAACGCAUCCUGCCAUGCAUGAUAUACGACAACGACGAGCCCGCGCCCCAGGUGCUCGCCUAUAAUCCGGGAGAUGAUUCUUCGGCCACGGCACUGACGGCCGACGCGAUUCCUGGCGAGACGAGCAUCGGCCGGGUCGGCAAAAAGGGCCGCAGCGCGGGCAAAUGGCUCAAGGGCGUCGGUAACAUUGGGCUGGGUCUCUGUCGGCUGGAGAUUAUGACGGACGUGGUCCUGCCCGGGGAGCAGGCUGCGGCGACGUACAAGCCCGGCGACGAGUUUGUCCUCGCGUGGGGCGACGGGCACGACGCGCGCAGCGUCAAAGUCAGGGCCUUUGUGCCGGACUGGCUGAGAGCCGGGCUGAGCGAGCCACACGGUUGA